ACCAAAUAAAGUCACUGGCAGAUCUCAGCAUAAAAUUCUGCAGCUCAUGUGCAGAACAGAUCCUUCUACAUCCAUGCAUUGUCUUAAGGCGACAAUGUCAGGUUCAUCAUGCAGGUGCCUGGUACCAUCUGACACCAGUGACACUGAUCCAAACUUUGAUAAACAUCCUGCGGACACAAGGAAUUGUUGUACUGUGGAAGGGCCUUGGCAGUGUGUUUAUUCUACGUGGCAUAACCACAAUGUCUGAAGCUAUUUUCAGUGAAUGUACUUCAUUUCCCAGGGAAGUUUCACGUCACAUUCCAUUAAAAAGACUUGGUGGGCAUGUCCUGAUGAAAGGAUUGGUCAUUGCCAUAACAACUCCAUUUCUGGCAGCAAGUCUUGUUGAAACUGUACAGAGUGAUAUUGUGAAUGAGAAACCGGGUGUGUUGGACACAAUAUUUGAAGGAGCUUUACGCAUCAGCACACUAGGUGCUCCUAGAAUUGCAAGGCAGAUUCCUCUCUGGCAGCUGAUAUUUCCAACUGUGGUCUUUAGGCUGUCCCAUUACAUUGUUAGCUCCCUUGCCCACUUCACUGUUAUAUCUUCCAUGCACUUGGAGCAGCAGGAAGCCAGAGAACAGCAAAGAGAUGGUCGAAGAGAAGUAAGUUUGUAUGAAACAUACUUUCCAGAACUUGUGGCUAGUUUCACAGGCGGGGUGCUUGCAGAUAUAUUAACGUUCCCCAUGGAAACAGUGAUACAUCGCAUGUAUGUGCAGGGAACAAGAACCAUCAUAGACAACACCGACACAGGCAUUGGUGUGGUACCCGUCAACACCCAGUAUGAAGGAUUUGUCAACUGUUUCCGCUCCAUCAUUGUUGAAGAGGGUCUCCCUGGCCUCUACCGGGGGUUUGGGGCUUUAAUCCUGAAGUAUUCACUUUAUGCAUUCAUCCUAAGGCUGGUUAAGCUCAUGUUUGAACAUCUCUGUGAAGAUUUCGAUUUGCAGCAGCAGUCCCAUAAAACUUGUCAAGACUCGCCACCUCCAGCUCAGCUCCUUGCUCAGGAUCUUGGUAAUGGAGAGGGAUUUGUAAGGAAGCAACACUGA